AAAAGAAGAACAGAAAAUCCCUGGAUCGAGUACGAAAGGGGGGUUUUGUGGAUGGCGCGGAGUGAUGAAAACGCCCCAGGCAGAAAGCGACCGGCGGACGGUGACCCGGAUGGAGCGCAACCACUAACGAAGAGAUUUGGCUAUCUCCAGAUCGGUAGGAUCACCUCGUCGUUCCCUUUUCUCUUUUCUUAUCAAGACUCCCGUGCUCGGACCAAAUACGUCGCAACGCCCUCCUCACACGAGCCCGAUUCGAUGCUGUUAGAUGAUACCAAACACACCACCUUUAUCUAUGAUCUAGAUCAAGAAUUGGCAGAGCCCGAAUCUACAGGAGAUGCGCUGGUUCUACUGCCCCUUGCGGCGAAGAUGAUCUCCGUACCCAAUGCCGUGCUAUCGUCCAACUCCGCACAAGGCAAAGAACUAGUCCUCUAUAAAGAACCCUCAUCUUUGACGCUACCCAAGGAACAGGAUAGCAUACGCAAGGCGAUUAUCGAAUCAAGAGCUCGUGCACGUGCUUCCCGAUCGUCAACUCCUCCCUCUACAAACGAUAUAACCCGUGCUCCACAUACUCCGCAUACUGAAACAGACCACGACGAUGAUCCAAUGGACAUUGACUUGGAUUAG